CCAGUGUAAUUUUCUGCCCGCGCAGCCACUGCUUUGGCUUGCGCGUCGCGCGGUAAAAUAAAAUCCAUACAGUCAAAGCCUGGUAGAAACUCUCAAGUCGUCCUCCUCAACAAAAAUUUUCUUGGCUACUGCUCCAACAAAACAUGCAAUCAUCUGCUCUUUCUCGGUUAUCAAACCUCAACAACCAUAUCAAUCCCACCAAAAAGGGCGGGAGUGAAGAUGGUUUUGGUGGGCUAAUUAAGAUAUCUCCUGAAGUUUCUGAAGCUUUAUCACUUGGUAAAGCAGUUGUUGCUCUUGAAUCCACUAUAAUUUCUCAUGGAAUGCCCUAUCCCCGCAAUUUAGAGGUAGCCAAAGAGGUAGAGGCUGUUGUAAGGGAUAAUGGAGCUGUGCCUGCCACAAUUGCAAUUUUGGAUGGAACCCCAUUCGUAGGUUUAAGUUCAGAACAACUUGAGAUGCUGGCUAAACUGGGAAAGAAAGUUCGUAAGACAGCUCGUAGGGAUAUUGCACAUGUGGUCGCUACACGCGGUAAUGGUGCUACUACUGUAUCUGCAACCAUGAUAUUUGCAUCUAUGGUAGGCAUUCCAAUAUUUGUUACUGGGGGUAUUGGAGGAGUGCACAAGCAUGGAGAAAAUACGAUGGAUAUAUCUUCAGAUCUUACUGAGCUUGGAAGGACUCCAGUAGCAGUAAUCUCUGCUGGUGUAAAGUCAAUAUUAGAUAUUCCAAGGACAAUUGAGUAUCUGGAAACUCAGGGAGUGUGUGUUGCAGCUUAUGGGACUGAUGAAUUCCCUGCCUUCUUCACAGAAAGCAGUGGCUGUAAGGCACCUUGCCGAGUUGAUACUCCUGAAGAUUGUGCUUGUGUAAUUGAUGCAAAUACAAAACUGAAUCUAAAGACAGGAAUUUUGAUAGCUGUCCCUAUUCCACGAGAACACUCAGCUUCAGGAAACCUGAUUGAGUCUGCAAUCCAAAGGGCUAUUCAAGAAGCUAGGGAGAAGAGCAUAAUUGGAAACGCUGAAACUCCAUUCUUGCUUGCUAGAGUAAAUGAGCUAACUGGAGGAGCGUCUCUUGCUGCCAAUAUUGCACUUGUAAAAAAUAAUGCGAGCAUUGGUGCUAGGGUUGCAGUUGCCCUUGCCCGUCUUCGUGAAUGUAGCUCUAAAGGUACAUAUUUACAUCACCGCAUUUUCAUUUGAUUAAGCACUUGUGUUUAUAUUCAUUUUCAAGUUUCACUUUCUUGUUCACUCCUUAUAGAAGGACAAUGAGCUAAUAAUCUUACAUCUAAGAACUUUUAGCUCGUUGAACUUCAAACUUUACUAUUUAAUAACCUGUAUAUCCUCUACGACAAGGCUGUAGAGAAUAUUUUUGUUGCUCACACCUCGAUUCUUUGGGGCUAUUUUGCUAAGGCAAAAGACCAGAUGUGAAAUGUUUUGGAGAGGCAUGCCAGCUUCUUAAUAUUAAGAAAUAUUGAAAUGUACAACUGUUUCAGCACAUUCUGCCAAUAUUUUCACACCGUCGAUUACGUUAUAAUCAAUAGAAGUUUUGCCUUGGGGCCUCCUGUAUUGGGAGCUGUGUCAAGCUCAAUCCCUUUCCCUGUUAUUAGUCUCUUGAGAUUGUGUCUAUAGGGAAACAUUCACAUCUAUGUCCCACACUUUCCCACAAUCUGGUUGUUGCCAACACCAAACGAAAGUACUCUGCGGUCGACUAUAGGCUUGCUAGUCUAUUGGCAUUUCUUACACUGCAAUCAAGCCAAUGCACCUUCCAUUCACACAUCUGUAUGAGAAAAGUUGGCCUCCAUCUACCAACGAUGGAUUGUUCUUGUAUAAUGAUCAUAAUGUAUGACAAUUUUCAUUAUCACAUAAAAUAAUUUACAAUAACUUAUUCUAUGGGUGAUCACGGUAGCUUUACAUGACAUAUUUUGCAUUAUCACAUAAGUUUAUUACAGUUAUGUUUCCUGAACCCGAUACUUAGGCUUUUGAGUGCAGCAGAUUUAGCAUUAAGUUAAAUUCCUCCCAGCCCCCAUAACUUCCUACUUCAGACGGAAACAAGAAAGAGGGAUUCAGUUUAAGUGUUCCUGAAGAUAUUUUGGUUAUUUGGAUGCAAAUUUGCUGUCAAGUUAGUUGAAGGGAAAUUUACAAGUAUACUGAAAUUGCAAACACCCACCCCCCCCAACACAAAACAACCACCAAACUUUUUUGGCCCUUUUGGGUAGGCGAUGCUUCAUUUGAGCCCUUUGCUUGUCGAUCAAUGAUUUAGAGAUCUGAUAUUUUGAGUUUCCUUUUUUUAACA